AUGUCUCUUCUAUCUAUCUAUCUAUCUAUCUAUCGAUCUAUCGAUCUAUCUAUCUAUCUAUCUAAGGUUCAUUUUAUGAAUCUACAUCUUUCUCAGUUUGAAGACGAUCUUUAUAUCUGUCGCAAGCUAUUCAUGUUUUUAUAUCUAUGUCCGACGGUUCAUAUCUAUCAAUCUCGUGGUCUACGCUUGGAAAAUCACUAUCUAUCUAUCUAUCUCAGUCUUUUCAUAUCUAUCUAUCUAUCUAUUAGUUUCAGCCUGUUCAUAUCUAUGUAUGUAUCUAUAUAUCUAUCUCUAUCUAAGACUGUUCAUAUCUAUCUAUUUAUCUAUCUAUCUGUCUAUCUAUCUAUCUAUCUACACAAGUCCUUUGUUUAUCUAUAUAUCUAUCUAUCUAUCUAUCUACACAAGUCUUUUGUUUAUCUAUCUAUCUAUCUAUCUAUCUAUCUAUCUAUCUAUCUACACAAGUGUUUUGUUUAUCUAUCUAUCUAUCUAUCUAUCUAUCUACACAAGUGUUUUGUUUAUCUAUCUAUCUAUCUAUCUAUCUAUCUAUCUACACAAGUCUUUUGUUUAUCUAUCUAUCUAUCUAUCUAUCUAUCUAUCUAUCUAUCUAUCUAUCUAUCUACACAAGUCCUUUGCAUAUAUGUCUGCCUAUCUAUCUAUCUAGCUAUCUAUCUACACAAGUCAUUUGCAUAUCUAUCUAUCUAUCUAUCUAUCUAUCUAUCUAUCUAUCUACACAACUCAUUUGCAUAUCUAUCUAUCUAUCUAUCUAUCUAUCUAUCUAUCUAUCUACACAAGUCCUUUGCAUAUCUAUCUAUCUAUCUAUCUAUCUAUCUAUCUACACAAGUCCUUUGCAUAUCUAUCUAUCUAUCUAUCUAUCUAUCUAUCUAUCUAUCUAUCUAUCUACACAAACUGUUCCUAUCUAUCUAUCUAUCUAUCUAUCUAUCUAUCUAUCUAUCUAUCUACCAAUCUAUCUACACAAGUCAUUUUAUCUAUCUAUCUAUCUAUCUAUAUAUAUAUAUAUAUAUAUAUAUAUAUAUAUAUAUCAGUCUGUUCAUAUCUAUCUAUCUAUCUAUCUCAGACUGUUCCUAUCUAUCUAUCUAUCUAUCUAUCUAUCUAUCUAUCUAUCUAUCUAUCUAUCUGUUAAUAUCUAUCUCACUCUGUUCAUAUCUAACUACCUAUCUAUAUCUAGGUAUUCAUCGUUAA